CUUGCUUGUCAGCUUUUUUAUCAAUUUUUCAUAUAAGAUGAAAAUGAGAAACUCCUAAUUCAUUUAUUCUUUAAAGCAAAAUAUUUUAUAAAUUACAAAAACGCAAAAAAGGAUGAGCUUUUUUUGCUAACCACUAGUUUAUAAAUUUUCAUAGAACAAAAAUAACAACAAUAAGUAGUAAAAUAGCAAUUAAGCAGCUAAUAAAAAUAUUAAUUUGUAGAGUGCUCACAAUUAAAAUAUAAAAACACUUAGUGUUAAAUUUUAAGAUCUGAUGGAAUGCAUGUACAAAAGCCAGUAUGAAAAAGGAAUAGAAAUGACUAAAAAGUAUAUUUAAGAAAAAGAAAGAAACUUUGGAAAGAGUUAUGAAGGCUAUGAAGAUGAUUUGCUAUUAUUAUCGUAAUUCACCUUGGAGAGUUCAGAAGAAAAUGCUAUUUAAUAAUCCAUUUAGCAAGCAAUUAAUUCAUUAGAAAUAUGUUUAAAAAAGAAAAACAUUAAAACUGGCAUCCAGUGCUAUAUGCACCUUUUUUCAAUAUGGUGGGAUGCUCAAGAUUUCCCUGAAAUAAAAGAAUUUGCUAAAAAUAUGAAAGAUUUAGCUGAGAGUUUAGAAACAUAUACUGAAAACAGGUUUGAGAUAAUUAAUACUAUGAGCUAAAUUUCUUAAGAAGAAGGGGAUUUUUAAAAUUCGAUUGAACUACUUGAAGAAUAUGCAGGAGAUUUGGAAAGGACCUUUUAAAUGCUAAGAUCAGAAGGAGAAAGCUUAAAUGAAAAAAAUGAAAGUGGACUAGACGAAGAUGACCUAAAAGAUGAAUAAGAAUUGAUUUCAAGGAGAUUAUUUUCUUGCCUUCUAACAAUUGCUAGAGUAUACUAGUCCUUGGCAGACUGUGCAACUGUUGCCAGAGAAUGGGAAACAGUUUAAAAAUAUAUGGAUUGCACAGAUUAAAUAUUAACUAGUCUUUCACAAGAAUAUUCAGAUGAUAAAGGUGCUAGUUAAAUAAUUAAAUCAUUAAAAGCUAAAUCAUUAUUAUUCAAAUCUAAAUAACAAAGUGCUAUUUAUUAAUAUGAUAAAGCUUUGGAAUCAUUGCAAUCCUCAUUAAAACUAAUUCAAGAAAACCCAAACUUGUAUGAAUAACAUAAAAUCUUCUAUUUUUCUGCACUAGCAUUACAUUAUGAAGAAAGACAAGACCUAUAAAACUCAUUAAAAUACAUCAAUCUUAUAGAUUAAUAGCCCAAAAAGGGAAAGAUGUCACAAAUCUAAAAAUGCAGAGACUCUCUAUAAUAUUAUGUGAAAGCAAUUACUUACAGUAAACUAAAAAAUGAAAUGCUUUCAUUUUAAUAUUUAUAGAAAUAUUUAGAAACUUAAAAUGGUAAAAGUAAUAGGAACUACAAUAAAAUUACAAACCUGAACACCUAAGCAAUUUACUAUGAAUCAAUUAAUGAAUUCUAGAUUGCAAUAGAAAAAAUGAGAGAAUGUGAUAAAAUAUCAGAAAAAUACUAUGGAAUAAAAUCAGCAAUACACUAAAAUACAUUAAUAUAUCUUUAUAAGCUUAAUCUAUUGAAGAUAAAAUUUGAAAACUCUUUUGAAGAAAACAAGUCCUUGUUGAUAGAUAUUAAAAAUAAAUCAUAAGAAAGAUUAAAAAUUAUUAAAUCUAAAUAAUGUUAUGGCCAAAUUGAAUAAUAGUUUGAAGAGUUAUUGAAUGAAUGCUGUACAAAAAUCAAUUUGUAAUGAAAAAUUUUUUUACAAACUUAAAAGAAAAUGUAAAAAAUCUAUCAAAAUUUAGCUAGUAUCUAUACCUAUAUAUGUUUGUAAUAAACUUAUUCUAAAUUACAUUCA